CCCCCCCGCCCCCCGCCGUGCCCGCGCUCCCCCCUCGCCCCCAUGCGGCGCUGAGGCGGCGGCGGCGGCAGCGGGGCGACCCCGGGGCGGCGGGGCCCGCUUCGCCAUGGAGGGCAUGGACGUGGAUUUGGACGCGGAGCUGAUGCAGAAGUUCAGCUGUUUGGGUACUACCGACAAGGACGUGCUGAUCGGCGAGUUCCAGAGGCUCCUCGGCUUCCAGCUCAGCCCGGCCGGCUGCGCUUUCUUCCUCGAUAUGACCAACUGGAAUCUACAAGCAGCCAUUGGAGCCUAUUAUGAUUUUGAGAGUCCAAACAUCAACGUACCCUCCAUGUCCUUUGUUGAAGAUGUCACCAUAGGUGAAGGGGAGUCCAUCCCUCCUGACACCCAGUUUACAAAAACAUGGAGGAUACAAAACACAGGGACAGAGGUAUGGCCUCCAGGAGUUUGUCUGAAGUAUGUUGGGGGAGACCAGUUUGGCCAUGUAAACAUGGUAAUGGUCAGGUCCCUGGAGCCCCAGGAGAUUGCAGACGUCAGCGUUCAGAUGUGCAGCCCCAGCACAGCAGGAAUGUAUCAGGGACAGUGGCGAAUGUGCACUGCCACAGGACUGUAUUAUGGAGAUGUCAUCUGGGUGAUCCUCAGUGUGGAAGUUGGAGGACUUCUAGGAGUAACACAGCAGCUGUCAUCCUUUGAAACGGAGUUCAACACACAACCGCACCGCAAGGUAGAAGGAAACUUUAACCCAUUCGCCUCUCCACAGAAGAACAGGCAACCAGAUGAAAACAACCUAAAAGACCCUGGGGGUUCUGAGCUAGGCACAAUCAGCAAAAACACGUGGGGGCCUGCUCCUGACCAAAUUGAACAAGAUCAGAAUGGACUGUCACAAAACUCUGUAAAUCUCUCCCCCAGCAGUCACUCGAACAACUUGUCGGUAGUGACAUACAGUAAGGGUUUCCACGGUCCUUAUCCCUUCGGACAGUCUUAAAACACAAACACACAAAACGGGUAUCGGCAAGAGGAGAAUUUAACAAAGAACUGACUUUUGGGGGAAGGGAGAGGGGGAUUCAUGUGGCAAACAGACACAGCGUGGACCCCCCUUCUCUGCCUCCAUGUUCUGGAUAAAGAAGAAAAAAAAAUAUAUCAAAAGCCCAAUAACUUAAGACUGUUUCCGGAGGAAAGAUCUCAGUAUGCAUGUGUGAAUGCUGAAUUUCAGGAGUGUUGUUUAAUGCUAUGAGAAGGAAACUAUACCAACACCAUGAUUUUGUUUUUUUUUUUUAGAAGUCAUUCUCACACAGAAUAAUUAGGUAGCUUGAGAAGAGAGAAAAUGAAAUGAAAAAGCCAUCUUUUUAAAAAAAUUUUGCCUACGGAGCGGUUGUAGUUUGAGCAAAUGUUUAAUUUGUUUCUUUCCUGUUCGUAUUUUUUUAAAUAAGGGACAGCGUGCAUUUUUGUGGAACUGUCAUGUUUUGCUUGUUACCCAAUGGACAUUUGCUUGGCAUCUUCUGGGGGUUUGUGCAGUGACUUCUUUGUGUUGGAUGUGUUUUAAUGGCAGGUUGGGUCUGUACCCAGCUCAGUCUUUUUAAUUUCACCUUCUGCUUUUAUUUACCCACUUCUUAAUUCUUUUUAUGUCUUUAUUUUUUUCCUUUUGGUUUGAGUGUUGCUGUCAGUUGCCCUGCUGAGGAUCAGGUCUCAGCAUCACAGUUGAAGAGAGGGACUCUGGGACUGGGAUAGGAUAACAGGAGGGCUCAUUUCCCUUCCUCUUGUACAUGAAGUGCUUGUAUACACAACUAUAUUAAUAAGGAACAGAUUUAUUAAAGUUCCAGAGCUGUCCUA